UGAAAAUCUCUAGGGUCGUGUAUUAACUUGCCUCCAUAAGAUGUCUUUGCAUACCCCGGGUCUUAAAUUCUAUUCAAUUACCGAGCCCCAACCUCAACAACAUGGCCCAUACGUCGUCACCCACCACCACGGCCAAGGAGAAGAAUCGACUUGCUCAGCAUAAUUUUCGACAACGUAAGAAAACGUUAAUCAAGUUGCUUGAACGUAAACUUUCGAUGUGUUACGACAUCAUCGAUUUUUUAGAUUGUGAGCUUAGAGAAAUGCAAGGCGAUCCCAAAACAGACAGCAGAUAUUUUGUGGUCAACAAGGAGGAAUUGAAUAAAAGGCCCAAGCUGAAAAUAAUUGGACGCCGCCUCUUGGAACGAGACAUCGAACAUGUUGAAGGCGACCACAUCGAAUAUGUUGAAGGAGGAUGAGAGGCGGGCUCGAGGUCUUGGCUGGGCUUGGUACCAUUACAAAAACCUAACCACUAGGAGGGACUUUGUAUUCUGAGACUGGAUCAUGAAUCAAUCAUUCAGGGUCAUAUUUUCAAGAUACCUGCUAAGCACCAGGCUCACAGCCCGUGCUCGAAUACGUCUCGCAUUGUCAAGAUAGUUGCUAAGUACCAGGCUCAUAACCCGUGCUUGGGUACGCCUCGCAUUGCCUGGUACGAGAGCUGGUCUAGUCACCUCAGUUGCUUCCAUAUGCCCAUC